GAGGGAUUAAGGUGAAUGUUCCUCCUCACUCAAGCAUUGCCUGUACUGAGUGAGCAAUGGCGUUGUCUAUCAGUGGUGUGCCAUGAGACCAAACAAGAGGAUAACAGUGAAGUCAGGUUUAAAUAUAGUGACUACAGCCAGCGGUGUGUAUGGAGGAAGACCUACAAGUGUGAACUGAGGACCACGGGGGACUCCCUUUACGAAACCCUAGGGGUCCCCAAAGAUGCCACCACUGACCAGAUCAAGAAAACCUACCGGAAACUGGCUCUCAAGUACCAUCCAGACAAGAACCCCAACAAUCCAGAGGCAGCCGAGAAGUUCAAGGAGGUGAAUCAUGCCCAUGGAAUCCUCAGCGACACCACCAAGAGGAACAUUUAUGACAACUAUGGUUCACUGGGUCUGUACAUUGCCGAACAGUUUGGGGAGGAGAAUGUCAACACUUACUUCCUGGUUAAUUCUGGCUGGUGCAAGGCACUGUUCCUCUUCUGUGGCCUCAUCACUGGCUGCUACUUCUGCUGCUGUUGUUGCUGCUGCUUCAACUUCUGCUGCGGCAAAUGCAAACCAAGGCCUCCCGAUGAGACUGGAGAUUAUCACAACCUGAACCGCGAGCAGGCGGAAGGACCCAUCACCGACCAGCCAGGCCCUUCAGCCCCCAAGGAGGAAGUGAGCGAUGAGGAUCAGGAAGCAGCUAAGGCUGCAGGAGAGCCUGUAACUUCCCAGCCACCACCAUCCACCAACCCCUUCAGGAAGCAGGAGGAGUCUGGGCUAAUGAAUGACUCGCGAGCCUCCACUAAUCCCUUCAGGCAAGAGGAGAGGCCUUCCCAACCUCCUCGCAGCAAUCCCUUCAGGACUCCAGGAGGUGAGGGUGGCCCCGGGAUGAGUCAGCCAGUGUUUGCCAUGCCACCACCCUCCCAGGGCACCAACCCAUUCAGUGCAGGAGCCAAUGAGAGCACCUCCCUCAACACAGGUUCCCAGCCCACCUACACACCAGUUGCAGACGAGAAGUAGUUGAUUUUCUAGAGCAUUUAGGAGGUUUGGACAGCAUGUCGCAGAAUGCAUCUCCUAGUCACGGCCAGUAGAGGUCCGGACCCGCGUGGAGGAGGAGGAGGCGUUUCCAGUCUGUAGAAGAAGCUCCUCGCCUCCCUGCAUUCCCCCAGCUGGGCCCCUGUGAAAGAGAGAGAUCCCAGGGGCAGUGAUGCUGCACUCUUUACUUGAACGAAGAGAAUACAAGUGGUGUGUGUGUGUGUGUGUGUGUGUGUGUGUCUGUUUAGAAGUUCAUUGAAAAGGACAUUUAAUUCAUCAGUUUCAAGUGGUUUUUGACUCAUUAGAGAGAGUGAGAGAGAAAGAGAGAGAGAUUCAGGUAUAUAGUCUUAGCAUAUCAGUUAAACUUUGCUUUUUAUUUAAUCCAGUCAUCGUGUUCAUUCAGCAGUGCAGCAUAGAUGCCCAGCUUUCUAAUAUUACUUUUAUAAGCUGCUGGUAACAAGCGGCUGGUAGCUACCAUUACCUCUCCAGUAGCCACCUUGAGGUUGUGCUGGUAAUUAAUUGACCAGAAUAAGGGGUAUUACUACUACUACUGCUACUAUUAUUAUUAUUAUUAUUAUUGUUAUUAUUGUUAUUAUUAUUAUUAUUUGGUACUAGAACAGGAUUAUUUAUUUAUUUAUGCAUUUUAUUUAUUUAUUUAUUUUUAUUGAUUUUAUUUUUAUUUUAUUUAUUUUAUUUAUUUUAUUUAUUUUAUUUUUUUUUUUUCCCUCUCUCUUUUCUUUAUUUUUCACUUUUAUACUGAACAUGUUCCUCAUCUCAUUGGAAGUGUAGGUGUUAGAUGUCCUUUCUCUCUCCCUGCCUGCUGCCACCUCCUCUGUCUGCCACAGGUGUGCUGGGGAAGGGAAGGCUAGCUUGAGUGUGUCCUUAUUUCAAGUUCACAGUCUCAUUCAACACUUAGAGACAAGAUGUAGAUAUCAUAUCACACAUUUUGAUUAUUAUUCAUUAUUAUUAUUAUUAUUAUUAUUAUUAUUAUUAUUAUUAUUAUUAUUAUUAUUAUUGUCAUUGUUGCUAUUAUUAUUAUUAUUAUUAUUAUUAUUAUUAUUAUUAUUAUUAUUGGUAUGAUUUUGGUAAUGUCAAGUGAUUGCUGAAGUGUUAGUAGCCCCAGUCAUCAUUUUAUAUUCCUGUCUGUUAUUAACCAUUUCCUCUGGCACGUGAUUCUAGAAGUGUAGUGUUCAUUAUAGCAUGACAGUGUGCUCACAUGGUUAUAUAUAUAUAUAUCUGGUUCAGCAGUUUCAUUAUUUGUGCAAUCAAGACUGAAUGUGGCUUGCCAGUCUGUCCAUGAGUCAGCAAGUUAAUCUGCUGAGAUUGUUAUAAAGGCUUUGGUCAGAAGAGGAAGGAGCAUCAAGUAGCAUUUGUCAGGUAGAUUAUGGGGCUGGAUUCCCUCACUCACCCAGCAAGGCACUUUCAUUCAUCAGUGAAGUGAUUUUCCCCCACCACCUAUCACACAAUAUGAACUUAUUUUUGUAUCAUUCGACUGAAGCAUUUUUUUUUUUUUUUUUUUUUUGCUUGGCUUAUAUACAUACAUAUGACAAGUUAUUGUAUGGCAAUUUUUAGGUGUUGGUUAAAUUUAUCUAAAGACAGGGAUGAGUGAGAGAAUGAGAAAUUUAUUGGAUCUUGUUGAAGUGAGAGUAAGUGAGGGAUGUUGAGCUGUGACUUACAGAUGCCACACAUGCUCCUCCCUGUUCUCUGCAUUGAUUUACGAGGCAGUGGGAGAAAUAAAACCUGUCUGGCCUUCAAGUAGCAGUCACUGCAUCUAGUCUUGUGGUGAUAUUGCACCUGCCUGCACUGGGCAUUAGCUAGGCUGCCCCUCACAUCUCAAGGAGACCUCCCCCCAUCUAUGCUACCUGUGCCAGGAAAGGAGACAACAGGAGGAUGGUUACUAAUUGUUAACUCGUGUACCUGUGCCAAUAGGUUUCUUUUGUUUUGGGGACUUGUUCUCUGUAGCCAGUAAUUAUCCUCUCCCCGUGUGGGUGUGUGUGUGUGUGUGUUUGUGUCUCUCUCUUGCUCCAUAUUUAUCUCCUCUUGUGACCUUGUCUCUGUUCAUUUUCAAAGGUCAUGUGUUAUUUUUUUUUUUCACGUUUCUCUGUCUUCUUUGGUCUAAAAAGUGCUCCUUUGUUCUCUUGGGUCUCUUCCUCAACCUUAUUUAUUGCUCCAGAUAAGUUUAGAGCAGUGUGGUAAGGAUUUCUGUGUCUCAAAUUUGUAGAAAUCUGGGAUCCCAUUUUCGCAUGUACUUAUUUUAUUUAUGUUCUUUAUGUCUCCUCGUACUUGUUUUCUCAGUAGUGUGUAUUGUGUUUGAGUGGCAAGGGAAGUGGUUAUAAGCGUUAGUAUUCAUUCAGCUGCAAAGUGAGUAAAUGAGGCAAGUGCAAAUGAUUGUUGUUUAUAUAUUCAUGUUACUUCUCAUGUAUCAUUUAGUAUUUUUAUGUUAAUAACUUAAAGUAGGUGUUUUGAGGUAAUGUAGCGCAGAGUCCAGUAAGUCUUCAACGUGGUGCAUUUGUUAUCUAUCAUUCAUUGGUCAAGAAACUCCCCUGAAGAAAUUAAUCAAAGUGUAAAAUAUAGACAACCUCGCAGUGAAGCUUAUUAGCCAGAUUUAUUCCCAUAGACUUUAUUGUUUUGCGCCUCCUAUCCUUCCACUAAUCAGGCCUCAACUGCAUUCUCUAACAUUAGUGCAUCACCAGGCUUGCCAAUCACAGUUACCUCUUUUCAGGUCAUAGUCUGAGAAGUUUGCCUUUAAGAUAACUAGCCUUCCUUUUUUACUGUCAUUGCAUACUUCCAUUAAUUCAUUUAGCUGGCUUUUUCUCCUCAGAUGGCUAUUACUGUAUUUUGGUGUGAGUGUGACUGUGACGGCAGAUGUUAUCCUUCUCUCUGUGACUUAGUCCUCUAAACAGGAGGCAUUGAGUGUUACGAGUAAUAGUGGAUGUGGUUUGUCCAUGUAGAUGUGCUCAAUACCUCCACAUAGGGCAAAGGCAAACAUACACACACACAUAUACAGUUCAUAAACACAUACGUACGUACAUACAGUCAAGUGUACGAUUUCUCAAGCCUCUCAAGAUGUAAAUACUAUGUCUUCUUCUUACCGUCUCUGUCCUUUGUCGGUCUCUUUGCUCUCUGCCCCUCGUUAGACCUUAAGAUGAUCACGUGUCUGUCUAGAGAAGAGAUGCUACUCAGUUCCCUGCAACAUGUGGCUGCAGCUUGCUGGGACAUGUUAGACUGAGUGUUGAGUAGUGAUAAUAAUAUAAAGUUGCUACCCAUUUUAUGAUCAUUGUUGAGGUUAUUGAAUUGUUAAAUUUUUGGAAAGAGUAUUUAAAGAAGACUUCUCAAACAGGGCAAAUUAGGUCUGGAUGUAGUGGUAGUGGUGGUUCCUGAGAGACUUUAGCUGGCCGUGGAGUUAUGUCACAUUGACUUGCAGAUUGAGUUAGUGUUGGUUUUUCCUGUCUGCAUUCCUAGUUAUUGGUAUCAUGUUCAUAGCUCGGAUGUCUGUUGUUAUGAUGGUUACUGAUUGACAGAGCUUGCAUUAUGGUUGGUUUGAUAAAUACAUCACUGUAUGAAGAGGAGUGUAUUAGUUUUUCUCAUUUUUGUUUAUUUGAUGAGAAAUGUGUUGAUUGGAAAAAAUCUAUAAUGAAGAUAUUUUGUCAGUUAAGUGUUGACUCCUAUAGCCAUAGUGGAAGAUAGGCAUUAUGCAGUAAAUAUAUAGAGGUGACAGAUUCAUACAGCAGAAUAUAAUGUUUUGUUGAUAGGAGUGUAAGUCUUAGGUUCCAUCAUUCCAUCCCUGAGUCAUCCACCACACAGAGGGAUGACAGCAAAGGCAGGAGGGUGCUGGACUUUUAGCCUUUACUGGUACUGGUUGCUUAUUGUUCGUUCUUUCUCAUUCCACAGCAAUAUCCAUUUCCUUUAUGCUUCAUAUCAUGCUAUGAAUCGCAGCAUCAACGCCAAUAUACAGAUAACUCAUUAACCCUUUGUAAAACCAUCAGUACUGCUGGCUAAGUGUUCUCCCUUUAUUCAAUUAUGAUGCACCCUGUCAUCUGAGUCUUGAUGUGGCUUGGUGGGACAAAAUGCAAGCGUAUGGUGGAGUGAACAUGUCAGCUUUCCAGGAACACCCAUGAGUUUAGGAGUUUCACAUCCCAUCAAGUACCACCUUUAGGGCACCACAGCCUUCAUUGCCUUUUAUCGCUUGUGUGUGGAAUCUGCCAGAGAGGAAAACCUUGAUUAGAUAGUGUAGCAGGAGGCUUGAGCAAGGUCUUCAGAGCCCAUCCUAGAUAUCUGGUGCCUUGCAAUAGCUGACGCUGAAGUGUGAGUCUCAGAAGUGUAUGGGUGUUUAUUCUCAGCAGGAGCAUCAUUCCAGGAGAGGCAAAGAAUCUGUCAUAUCGUGUGGGUGCCAGUCAGGUCUCCAAGGGCAAGACUGUACCUAGCGCAGUGUUUCCCUCAUCCCUUAUGGUUGUACGUUACUAUGAUCCCCCUCCCCUGUUUAUCUUGCUCUUCUCAUCAUGUCCUGCACGUGUCUGCCAGUGAUAGAGUGAGAAAAAGAGUGUAUACAGAAUCUUACUUCUUGCAUGAUUGUUUAAUCAGAGAGGUCUAUUAGAGAAAAGGAGUUAUUUAUGAUGGCAAGGAUGUGUUAGUUGAUAAGAAAAGAGCAUACAUACAUACAUACAUACAUUCUAUCUCUCGCCCUUUUAUCUUGAUUCAAAAUUACCUUGUGUAUCCAUCCAAUAAAGCUACUUAUAAAUUUAUGAAAAAAUUAAAUUAUACCUUUCUCUAGCCCCAGUCAGGGUGUCGACAAAUUUUUUUGUUAUGUAAAUUUGCAUCAUUCAUCUGCAUAUUCAAUUGAGGCAUGGAAGGCUCACUCAUUGGGUCAUGUAUAUCAUAUUAGUAGGUAUAAGUUCAUGAAAAAUGUAUAGAGACUACAAUACUUUUAACGUUCAUAGAAGUGACUUCAUUCCCUCCCUCCUGAGCAAUAACUACAAAUGUAUCACCAUAAUGGGCACUGUUGUGUUGUCUCAGGCAGCGUCAGUCAUCACCCUUGCAUCACCAGACGUGUCUUUGUGGCUGCCAUCUCGGACCACAAAGAGUCAGCAGCAUUCCUAAGUUACUUGCAGCAUCUUCCAUGUCAGCCUUCCUAGCUCCCCAGACACCCUGACUAGUGAUCACAAGUUACCGCUCAUUCAGUCAGUUAUCAGGACAGUGUUUUAAGUUCUGUCAACACUUUUCUCUGCCACUCUGCACCUUGUACUGUGUCACUCAUGGGCUGCAGCAGGACAACACCCUGUCCCCGAAAAUCAACAUUAAAAUUUCAGGGGUCAUUUGCACCCAACUGAACUUGUGCCAUGAAUAAUAUAAAGUUGUAUAUUAGUGAAGAGAAAUUGUAAAUGCACUAAUUGUUUCAUGGUGUUGCCCUGCCCAGCCUUCCUCAUUUCGUGUCUUAAUAAUUAAUGGAGAAAUGUGAGAUACUUGAGACUGUAGAUCCUGUACAUAUUUAAAAAGAGUUACUGUUGAUCAUGGUGAUAACCUUAUGUGCAUGUACUGAGGCUGUAGAGUAUAAAAGUCCCAUUAUUUCAU